ACCUAUCAACUAGACUCCGUAACAACAGCUUCGGGGUCAGCUCUAUAGCUGGUAUCAAAUAAGAAAAGUAACUCCUAGCGACUUUCAACAGACUGCCAAGCUUUAUUGAUUUACCUCGCAGCCGUGACUGAAGAUUGUCGACACUGCUGGAAGUAUUUUCGAGCUAUUAGCUAGCAAGUUUACAUUCGCAAGUAGCUAGCUAGCUAAUCGAAUGUGCUGCUGUGUUGAGACGGACAACCAUCAUCGACGGUAUUGCUAACUAACGUUAACCCCAACGAAGGGCUUUCCCGUUGUCACUUGUGCUACCGUCGCUGCUCCAAUAUGCCUCGUGAGUGCGCUGUUAAAAUGUGCGACAACAAACAAAAGACUUGGUCGGCUCUAAUGUUUCACCGAUUUCCGUUGAGAAAUCCGGACCGAUUGAAACUAUGGAUGGUUGCUCUGAACAAAGAUGUUAAUACCCCGACCGAUGACCUCAGAAAGUUACUCGUUUGCUCGGAACAUUUUCUACCGGGGGACUAUUAUGAGAAGCUGGGACAGGACAGACAUAGCAGGAUGAGAAUCAUGAAAAGUUUCCUGAAGGACACAGCGGUGCCGUCAGUGGCCAUUCACACGACAGGACAACGUGGAUUAAUGGCGGUUGAGACGGGAGACGUCCCUCCAGCUGUAGACAAUCCACCAGGGACUCACUCCAUAUCUGCUGGAGGGGCAUCUGGUCCAACCCCACAACAUGGAGGGUCAGGUGUUACUACGGCUACGACAGGGUUCCUCUCCCACCUGGGUCUGCAGCUGACAGAGCCUGCUUCAACCUCUGGGACGUACGUGGCUCUGGCACCCACGUGUACACUUAGUAAGGUGACGGCGCGCAGGAAGAAAGGUCAAAUGGACACAGCCGUUAAGAAGACUUCAGUGAAGGACUGUACCAGUAUGAGCUCUGUUGCUGCUUCCACCGUCUUGCCUCUCACCACCUCCAGCCCCUCCACCUCCAGCCAGGGAUCCAGCUCUGACAGUAGGGUGUCAGGAGAACCGGACGGAGAACCGGACGGAGAACCGGACGGAGAAGGAGGAUGGAGCGAAAGGAAAUGGAUCGUGAACGAGUCGAAACUCAAGGAGCUUUUCCAGACGUGUCACCAGUGCGGCGCUGCCUUGCGUAAUAGGACAAUAACCGCUUUGGGUUACAGCCAAAUCAAAGUGACAUGGACAUGUCCCGAUAAGCACAGAGGAGAGUGGCAGUCGUGUCCCGACGCUUUCGGUAUCGGUCACUACCUGCAGAUGGUUGGUUACAGAGUGUUGCUGGACUCCAUGACUAGUCAGUUUGUAAGUCAUGACUAAGUAUCUACUACAGUAUAUUAUCUAGUAAAUACCAGGGUCGGAGUAGCUUCCUGUUACCAGACUGAUGACUGCUGCCAGUCUGUGGAGCAAAACACAAUGGAAACUUACAGGACUUCACUGUGGCUGUACCGGGUCGGGGUACUUCACUAUGGCUGUACCGGGUCGGGGUACUUCACUAUGGCUGUACCGGGUCGGGGUACUUCACUGUGGCUGUACCGGGUCGGGGUACUUCACUGUGGCUGUAUCGGGUUGGGGGUACUUCACUGUGGCUGUACCGGGUCGGGGUACUUCACUAUGGCUGUACCGGGUCGGGGUACUUCACUAUGGCUGUACCGGGUCGGGGUACUUCACUAUGGCUGUACCGGGUCGGGGUAUUUCACUAUGGCUGUACCGGGUCGGGGUACUUCACUAUGGCUGUACCGGGUCGGGGUAUUUCACUAUGGCUGUACCGGGUCGGGGUAUUUCACUAUGGCUGUACCGGGUCGGGGUAUUUCACUAUGGCUGUACCGGGUCGGGGUACUUCACUAUGGCUGUACCGGGUCGGGGUAUUUCACUAUGGCUGUACCGGGUCGGGGUAUUUCACUAUGGCUGUACCGGGUCGGGGUACUUCACUAUGGCUGUAUCGGGUCGGGGUACUUCACUAUGGCUGUACCGGGUCGGGGUACUUCACUAUGGCUGUACCGGGUCGGGGUACUAGGGGAUAGUCAGAUAACCUGAGGAGGAGGGUAUGUUCCCGGCUGAUAUCUGUUCAGAAUAACAUUAAAAUGUUACUGUCAUUAAUUAACACUGUGUCAGUGUUGUGUGCUUGUUGUUGUACAGUAGGCUGUUAUCUGGCUAGAAUAUUACUAUGAAGACAGGCCAAAUGGAACCCUAUUCCCUAUAUAGUGAACUACUAGUGACCAGAGCCCUAUUCCCUAUAUAGUGAACUACUAGUGACCAGAGCCCUAUUCCCUAUAUAGUGAACUACUAGUGA